AAAAAAAAAAAAAAGACCAGAAAGCAUGCCAUCCCACUCUUUCGUUUGAUCGAAAUUCGAAAUCCAGUUCUAUUCACAAAAGGCCAUUUUAGCAAGACAGAGAAUUGGAAAAUAGAUUCCAGGAAUUGACUUCUUGGGAAAAAGAAAGAAACGGAGGAGGGAAAUGUGGGGAUUUGGGGGUAGAUAUUAUUGGGGAAGAAGUGAAAUGGGUGGGAAAAUAGAGGGCCUAGUGGUGGUAUUCGCAUGGAUGUCGAGCCAGGAGAGGCACUUGAAGAGCUACGUGCAGCUCUACUCGUCUCUGGGCUGGAAGACACUCGUCUGCCACUCCGAGUUUCUCAAUUCGUUCUUCCCUGAGAAGGCCACAACUCUAGCAGUUGAUAUUCUCAAUGAACUUGUUCAGGAGCUAAAAAUUAGGCCAUGCCCUGUAGUCCUUGCUUCUUUUUCUGGUGGUCCUAAAGCUUGCAUGUACAAGGUCCUUCAGAUAAUUGAGGGGAAGUGUGAAGGACAACAAAAUCUGGAUGACUUCCGACUAGUUAGAGACUGUAUAUCUGGGCAUAUCUAUGAUUCCAGUCCAGUGGAUUUUACCAGUGAUAUGGGUACAAACUUUGUUCUUCACCCAACUGUUCUCAAAAUGUCCCAUCCGCCAAGAUUAGCAUCAUGGAUUGCCCACAGCAUUGCCUCUGGUCUUGAUACCCUCUUCCUCAGCCGGUUUGAAUCACAGCGCGCUGAGUAUUGGCAGACUCUGUACUCUUCUGUUAGCAUGCAGGCCCCAUAUCUCAUUUUAUGCUCCGAAAAUGAUGAUCUUGCUCCAUAUGAAGUUAUCUGCAAUUUUGCUCAACGAGUACAAGAUCUUGGGGGUGACAUUAAGCUAGUGAAAUGGAGUGACUCUCCUCACGUAGCUCAUUAUCGGCAUUAUCCGAUUGACUAUAAAGCUGCUGUGACCGAGCUCCUCAGUAAGGCAGCUAAAGUGUAUUCGCAAAGAAUUCGUCGACUUGAAGGAGAGAGGAUGGGCAUAGAAGGAACACAUGACGACAUACCCGAGCCAAUCGGUGACAUGAGGAAAGCAAUGAAGAACUCAAACAACUUUCAGGGAGUUGCUCUCGGACCAAGUGACCAUUACUUUGCGCCCAGUUUGAUGGAGUAUUACGGCGGUAGAGAUGUUGGGUCGGUGCAAGAUGAACGGAAGGAAGACUUAAUCCACCUGCAUAGUCUACCAAGCAUUAGUGCCCAUGGUGUUCUCGGUCAAAUCCUCUUUGAUGUGUGUGUUCCCAAGGAUGUCGAAGAUUGGGAUAUCAAAGCUAGUUCUUCAAAUGGUCGCCUAUUUUCUUCCACACGGAGGCAUGCUCCGUUUAAUCCCAUCAAAUGCAUACGUCGCUCUAGACUAUAAUCUCUUACUGGAAACUUGGGGCGUCUAUGAAUCUGCAGGAAUUAUAUCUUGUCCAAAGCACUCUGCUCGUACACUCCACAAAGAUCCCCGGAGAGAAGCUAGAGACAACAAAUGAGUAAUUGGGUUGUGAAAUGUAUAUUGUGGGCUGUUUUGUAGAUAAUAAGAAUGUGGCAUAAUUUUGAGCU